AUGACGAGUAAGCAAAGCAAGGCUUUUGUGAGUUUAAAGAAGGAAAUUGAAAACCAGAAACAGAUCAUUAAUGUUUUGGAGAAUAGAAACACAGAAAAAGAUGCUUGUAUGAAAAAACUCAUCGGAUCGUUGAAAACGUUUACAGAAAUGACAAAUACAGAAAAUAGGCUGAAUGAAGAAUGUGAGAAAGCAUUACAGAAGAUGAAGGUCUUGAACUCUAACAUGAGUCGUGACAUGGAAUGUGGAAGGAAAGAGAUGGAGCUGAUCACAAAGGAAUUUGAAAAGAGUAAGGCUAUGAAUGAUAUUCUGCAGAAGAAUUUUACUGAGGAAAAACAAAAGCUGAAAAAUCAACUAAUAUGCAAUCAAAAGCUGGAAUCGGAGAAUCAACAACUAAAAGGGAAGUUAGAUGUGAUGAAGUACAUGGAAGAUGAAUUUCUGAAAUCGGUGGGUUCUUUGCAUAUGGAAGUAGUGGAAAUGGAAGAUUUCAACCAGUCAUUAAUCACUAAAGAGCGUGAGAGUAAUGAUGAGCUUCAAAAAGCUCGAAAGAAAUUGAUUAAGGGCAUUGAGGAGAUAUCAAGUCAUGAUGGUAAUAUCUGUUUGAAGAGAAUGGGGGAAAUAGACACUCAACCUUUUCUUAAAGCUUUGAGAGCAAAGAGAAGAUAUAGCAAAGAGGAAGCAGAGAAAAGAGCUUUAGAAAUGUGUUCAUUAUGGCAAAAGGAUGUGCAGGACCCUCAUUGGCAUCCCUUCAAAAUAAUCACAGCUCAUGGGAAAUCAAAGGAAAUUAUAGAUGAUGAAGAUGCAAAACUGAGAGUACUGAAAAAAGAAUUGGGAGAUGAAGCUUACAAUGCAGUCGUGGCAGCUUUGAAAGAGAUUAAUGAAUAUAAUUCUAGUGGUAGAUUUAUGAUCACUGAAUUGUGGAACAAAGGAGUGGGAAGGAAAGCUACUAUAGAGGAAGGGGUUGAAUUUCUAUUGAAUCAGAUGAAAACAAUGAAGAGGCAAAUACGUGUAAGGAGGAUCAAUGCAAUUGACAAUACUGAUCAAGAUGUCGGCCAGGGUCAUGGUUUAUUUUCCCUUUCAGUGAGUUUUGGAUUUGAAUGGAAAAUUUAA